AUGAGAUUAUUUCUUAUUUCUAAUUACAUUUUAGAUCCCUGUGAAGAAAGUGAAUGCUGCAAUAAUCUAUGGGUGAGGCAAAAUCCUUUAAAAUUGAAAGAACAAUUAAAGUCAAAAUUAUUUGGCCAGCACCUAGUCGAAGAUCUUGUUAUUAAACCUAUUAAUGAUCAUAUUGAAAAUAACAAUCCAAGUUCGCCAUUAGUCAUGUCAUUCCAUGGAUGGACUGGGUCAGGAAAAAAUUUUGCUUCACAAAUAAUUGCAAAUUCUUUGUUCAAAAAAGGUAUGAAUAGUAAAUUUGUUCAUAUAAAAGUUGCAACAAAAGAUUUUCCUCAUAAAAAAAUGUUAACAGAAUACAAAAAUGAAUUAUCUAAACAUAUAGAAAAGAAUGCCAGGCUAUGUGAACGAACAUUAUUUAUUUUUGAUGAAUUUCAUGAAAUGCCAGAGGGUCUUGGCAAUACUAUUGCUCCUUAUUUAGACUACAAUGUUCAGUUAGAUGGUAUUGAUUAUCGCAAAAAUAUAUUUAUUUUUUUAAGCAACUCUGUUGGUGAAAUAAUUAACAAUUAUACUAUUAAUCAUUAUAGAAGUAAGAAAUCAAGAGAGACAAUAGACAGUAAAAUAUUUGAACAACUUAUAGCUUAUAAUGCUUUAAAUUUACCAGGUGGGUUUAAAAACUCUAAUAUCAUAAAAAAGGCAUUAAUAAACGUUUAUGUUCCCUUUCUACCUUUGGAACGAAAACAUAUCCAACAAUGCGCACAAGAAGAAAUUUUAAAGAGAAAUAAAGAAGUCAAAUAUUCCGUUUUAGAAGCCAUUGCUGAUGAAAUGCUUUAUUUUCCUGACAAAGAACAAUGGUUUUCAGCAACAGGUUGUAUGUAA